CAACGCACCUCUUGCUUUUUCCUCCAAAGUAUGUUAUAUUAAGUUUCGUGAGGCAUCGAGUGUUGGUGUGGCCCAGCAUCUAACUAACACGGUUUUUAUUGACAGAGCUUUGAUAGUUGUGCCCUGUGCAGAAGGUAAAAUCCCAGAUGAAGCCAAAGCCCUUUCACUAUUGGCGCCUGCUCCUACUAUGACAAGUCUGAUGCCUGGUGCAGGGUUGCUUCCUAUACCUACACCAACUCCUUUGACUACU